GCCGCUGCUUCUGUCCCGCUGGGUCCUGGAGCUGUUUGGUUCCUUUUUCCCAUGGUCAGACGAUUGCCGCUGUGCCCGGUGCGGGGACAUGAGUGUUUCUGUGCCACCGCCCCCGCAUGGGGUCCCGACAGGGCCACCUGGCAGGCCGGAGGCCGGCGAGCCGACGCUGGGUUUAAGUGACACUUCUCCAGAUCAAGGAUUAGCAGAGGACCUGCCUGCAGAUGACAGAGCUGUGGAGCAGCUGGCAGAAGGAUUGCUUUCCCACUACUUGCCAGAUUUGCAGAGAUCAAAACAAGCCUUGCAGGAACUUACACAGAACCAAGCUAUAUUAUUAGAUACACUGGAACAAGAGAUUUCAAAAUUUAAAGAAUGUCAUUCUGUAUUGGAUAUCAGUGCUUUGUUCACUGAAGCCAAGCACUAUCAUACCAAAUUGGUGAAUAUAAGGAAGGAGAUGUUGAUGCUUCAUGAGAAGACCUUGAAGUUGAAAAAAAGAGCACUCAAAUUGCAGCAGAAGAGGCAAAAAGAAGAGCUGGAAAGGGAGCAGCAACGGGAGAAGGAGUUUGAAAGAGAGAAGCAGUUGACAGCUAAACCAGCCAAAAGGACAUGAGAAAUUGUGUUUGUGUGUUUUCUUUCCCUGUCCUAUACUCUCUGGAUUUAACAGUUAUGUAAGUGGAAAGUUGGGUUGAGAUAGUGCCUUAUGCCAUUACAUGUGUUAUGAAAUCCUUAUCCCAGGUUUGCUAUGUCUAUAUAUUUUCAUUUCAGUUACUCAAGAAGAUUUUCUUUCUAUGUAGUGGGCACAUUGUCACUUGUUUGAUUUUCAUAUGUAAUAUUUUCAUCUUUUGUUUAAUUUUAAACUGUAUUUUGAUUUUGAGACAAAUGCUGUAAUUGCUUUAAGAGUCUGGUGUCUAGUUCAAAAUUAAUGUUUUAGCUUCUUGAGUAUAGGUUUCACAAUUUCAGUUUCUCACUGUGUACUCUGGCAUGCCUUUUCUGCAGUGCAACACUGAUUUUUGUUAUUUGCCUUCUCCGUGCUUAAAGAGAAAACUGCUAGUCUUCUCAUCACAGAUCUCAUAGGAAGAGAGAGGAUUUAGCCAGUUGAAGAAUAUUGUGAGAAGGUGGAUAAGCAGAAAAUACUAGCACUUAGACAUAUGCUAGGGGAGCAGACAGAUUGUUUCAGACAUGAUUCACUGCUUUCUGGUAUUGCUGUUUAAUGUUAGAUUCUGGUUUCAAGGUAGAAUUCCAUCCUUUCCUAAUGUUUGGCAGAGGUAGUGGAGAUGUCACAUACUUAAAGGUGUUUCUGUAUUUAUGGUUAGUCACCAUACAGUUGAGGUACAGUUUCUUCUCUUUUAAAGUAGAAUAAAACAUACCAUUUUCCACUUCAUAGGUAAUGAUAGGGAUUGGUGGGGAGUUAGUAAAUAAUUCCAUAAAAGAGACAGCAUGAUACUAUUAUUUUUCUAGAAUUUUUCCCUGAUACUAUAUGCAGAAGCUCAUCCUUUGAGGGAAAUAGAGAUUUCAUUGUUUCAAAUCAAGUAUACUUUUAUGCUCUCUUAUUUUAGUAUUUAAUGUCUGACUUGUCUCCAAUCCCUAUCAUGUGUGGACAGUACAGAACUUAUAAAGGGAUAUGAUUGGAAUGUAUGUCUUUUAUAAUCCAUGCUACAUUUUCAGUAAGCUGGAAUUACUACCUCUGAUUACAUAUCAGGCUAAUGGUAGAGAAAGCCUUAAGUUGAGUACUAAGAACUGGUCUAUUUAAAGGCUGAAAUACUUUCCUUAAAAAAAAUCAAAAUCAAUCAUGGUCCCACAAGUCACUUGAUUUUGACCUUAUAUUUAAGAAUAUAAAUUAUAUGAAAAGGCUAGGUUUUGUACUCAGUCACUUGCUAAAACUCCUUAGGACAGGAUUCACUAGGACUUGCAGGACAAUGUCAUGAAGUUUCAGAAUGUACUCAUAAUACAAUAUGAUAAAAAAAUAUAUAUAUAUAAUGUCAUCUGACAUAGUCUGUGCAUUGCUUCUCUAAAUGGUUUUCAACUACUUGUAAGGGUUGUUUAAAAUGCUAAUUGCUAGAAGUACUCUAUUGAAGAAGCAUGUUUUUUAUUUUUAUAUUUUUGAAGUUUCUGUUAGUGAUUCUGAUGCACCUUAAUAGAUGAGGCCCAUAGGUCUGAGUAGCCAAGGUCAAGACUCUCUAUACUAAGCUGUUUCACCUAGGAACUUUAACAAAAUGCAGACAUAAGCUGGAUGUAGUGGUGCAUUCCAUUAAUCCCAACAGUUGAGAGGCUGAGGUAGGAGAAUUGCCAUGAGUUUUAAGGGCUGCAGUGAGACCCAGGUGAGCCUGGGUGAGAGUGAGACUGUGGC